AUGGUACAAGAACAAAAAUGCCAAAGAUGCAAAGAGCACUCGGCUAUUAUAAUCUCUAGAAAAGAAUUAUUUUGCUCAGGAUGUUUUAAGAAAUUUUUGUCAUUGAAGCAAAGAAAAACUAUGAUGCUAGACCAAUAUUACCAAGAUAUAUUCAAAGUCCUUCAUAAGGAUAAGUUCAGGACAGAGGAAGAGGCGUUGUUAUUGAAUAGUAAUUCAAAAAUUCUGGUACCCUUGAGUUUCAGUUCUUCUUCUUCAUUGGUAAUGCUAGAUAUCUUAGUUGAUACACUAAAUGAACAAAGAUUGCAACAUCAUAAUAUGGUUGGUUUUAAAAUUGAACUUUUAUUAUUAUUCAAUGGUAAGGAAGAGUUUGACUUAGUUAACAAAAAGUUAACCGAUUUGAUUGAUAAUAGGUACUCUGCAAAUAAAGACUGUAUACAACCACAUUUUGUAGAGAUUUCGAAAUUCUAUGAAACUUCAACAGUUCUAAAGCAAUUGCUGUUGCAACAUACUGAUUUCAAAACAUUUAAAGAUACAAUCCAACAUGAUGAUUAUACCAUUAAAAAUUUGUUAAAAGAAUGUCCAAAUAGAUCAGUUCGUGAAGAUCUAUUAACGUUCAUUAAAAGACAUUUAAUAAAAAAAUUUACUUAUCAAAAUAAAUUCAAAGCAAUUGUGUGGCCAUUUUCUAUGACACAAUUAGCUGAUGAAAUUAUUUCAAUGAUAGUGAAAGGUAGAGGUUCUAGCAUCGCUAACUUUUUAGAUAUGGAAUCAUUCGAUGAAAAUUAUGGCACUAAUGUUUUUAAGAAUCUGUUUCCACUGAGAAAUGCCUUGUUAUCUGAAAUCGAUGCAUAUUGCCAUUCUGUAAAUUUGGAAAAAUAUCUGAUUGACUACAAGGUGCAAGAUACUUUACUGUUAAAUAAGCUCUACGAUGCUAAUAAUAAAAGAUCGAAUGAAAGCACAUUGGUCAAAAAUAUGACAAUGAAUGAAUUGGCAAGUAAAUACUUUGAUGAUAUCGAAACUGACUAUUCAAAUGUGAUAUCGACUGUUUUACGAACAGGUGAAAAAUUAGGUACUCCAACUGCUAAUGGUUUGAAAAAUAAAAAGUGUGAAGUUUGCUUGCAAAUAAUUCAUAAUGAUCCAUCUGAGUGGUUGAAUACAAUCACUGAAAAUGUUGGACAUUGCAUAGAGAAUGACGAGGAACAAAGUUAUUUUAAUGUCUGGACAGAGAAUAACGAAAAAAAAGUAGCAACUAAGAAUUAUAAUAAAUUAAUGGAAUUGGACAAGGACGAAAAUAAUAAUCUCGAUAUAUGUUAUGGGUGUCUAAUAUUGUUGAAUAGUAUGGAUAACAAAUCUAUUAACUGGCCUGUAAAUGAAAAAGAAGAGAUAGAUGAAAUUCUAGAAGAAUUCAUUAUAUCUGAUUGA